AUGAAGUCCUCCUUUGUUGCUCUCGUGCUCGCCGCAGGUGCCUCCGCCCGCACCUUCACCGUCACCAACAACUGCCCCUUCACCAUCUGGCCUGCCAUGUUCACGGACCCGAGCUCCCCCGGGAAGAUCACCUCGCGCCCGAACGGCUGGGUGCAGAACGCGCACUCGACCGUCUCCUUCGCCGUGCCCGACAACUGGCAGAAGGGCCGCAUCUGGGGCCGGCGCGACUGCGACUUCAGCGGCCCGAACCCGGGCCCGAACUCGUGCGUCGACGGCGGCUGCAACGGCGGCCUCGUCUGCGACCCGACGACCGGCACCGGCGUCCCCCCCGUCACCCUCGCCGAGUUCACGCUCAGCGGGUCCGGGGGGCUCGACAACUACGACGUCUCGCUCGUCGACGGCUUCAACCUGCCGAUGAGCGUCACGAACAACCAACAGUGCCACACCGCGAGCUGCCCCGUCGACCUCAACCCGAACUGCCCCCAGCAGCUCAAGGGCCCCUUCGACUCGAGCGGCACCGCCGUCGGCUGCAAGAGCGCCUGCGUGGCCCACCUCGCCUCUGACCCCAACAACGACCCGAACUGCUGCACCGGCAGCCACAACACCGCGGCGACGUGCCCGAGCUCGGGCGUGCAGUUCUACUCUUACUUCAAGAACAACUGCCCGGACUCGUACGCGUUCGCGUUCGACGAGCCGAGCGGGACCGCCCUGUGGACCUGCCCUUCCGCCAAGAAGGCCGACUACACCAUCACCUUCUGCCCGUAA